AUGGCGCACCGGGGGCCCCCGCGCGCCCCGAAGGGCCCCGGCCCCGCCGCCCGAGCCCCGAGCCCCGGGGCGCCGCCGCCGCCGCUCUCGCGGCCGCUCCUGCUGCUGCUGCUGCUGCUGCUGGCCGCCUGCGGGGCGGCGGGGCGCUCCCCCGAGCCCGGGCGCCUGGGUCCCCGCGUCCGGCUGACCCGGGCGAUGCCGAGCCCGCCCGCGGGGCGCGCGCUGCCCGGCGUUGGCGAAGACGGACAGGCGCGCGGCGCGGAGCCCGGCGCCCCGGGUCCCGGUCCCGCUCCGGGUCCCGGCGAGAACGGCGGCCCCGCCGCGGGCCAGGGGCGCUGGGCGCGGGCGGCGCCGGUGGCCGGAGCGGCUUCGCGGGCGCAGGUCUCGCUCAUCAGCACGUCGUUCGUGCUCAAGGGGGACGCGACGCACAACCAGGCGAUGGUGCACUGGACGGGCGAGAACAGCAGCGUGAUCUUAAUCCUGACGAAGUAUUACCAUGCAGACAUGGGGAAGGUUCUGGAAAGUUCCCUGUGGCGGUCGUCGGACUUCGGGACGUCCUACACCAAGCUCACCCUCCAGCCUGGAGUCACCACCGUCAUCGACAACUUCUACAUCUGCCCGACCAACAAGAGAAAGAUCAUCCUGGUGAGCUCCUCGCUCAGCGACCGGGACCAGAGCCUGUUCCUCAGCACAGACGAGGGCGCCACCUUCCAGAAGCAGCUCAUCCCCUUCUCUGUGGAAACACUGAUUUUCCACCCUGAGGAGGAGGACAAGGUCCUGGCCUACAGCAAGGAGAGCGAGCUCUAUGUGUCAUCUGACCUGGGGAAGAAGUGGACACUUCUGCAGGAGCGAGUGACCAAAGACCACGUGUUCUGGGCUGUGUCCGGGGUGGAUGCCGACCCUGACUUAGUCCACAUGGAAGCCCAGGACCUUGGAGGAGGUUUUCGGUACGUGACCUGCCGGACCCACAACUGCUCCGAGAAGACGCUCGCGGCCCCGUUCGCGGGCCCCAUCGACCACAGCUCCCUGACCGUGCAGGACGGCUACAUCUUCUUUAAGGCAACCUCAACAAACCGGACCAAAUACUAUGUCUCUUAUCGUCGCGGUGAAUUUGUCCUGAUGAAGCUGCCUAAGUACGCACUGCCAAAGGACCUGCAGAUCGUCAGCACAGAUGAGAACCAGGUGCUGGUGGCGGUGCAGGAAUGGUACCAGACGGACACCUACAACCUGUACCAGUCGGACCCACGCGGCGUGCGCUACUCGCUGGUGCUGGAGGACGUGCGCAGCUCCCGGCAGGCGGAGGAGAACGUACUCAUCGACAUCCUCGAGGUCCGAGGGGUGAAAGGCGUCUUCUUGGCGAACCAAAAAAUCGAUGGGAAGGUGGUGACGCUUAUAACCUACAACAAGGGACGUGACUGGGAUCACCUGAGGCCGCCCAGCACGGACAUGAACGGAAAACCUACCAACUGUAAGCCUCCGGACUGCCACCUCCACCUGCACCUGCGCUGGGCAGACAACCCCUACGUGUCGGGCACCGUGCACACCAAGGACACCGCCCCAGGCCUCAUCAUGGGCGCAGGUAACCUGGGCUCACAGCUGGUGGAAUACAAAGAAGAAAUGUACGUCACGUCAGACUGCGGGCACACCUGGCGGCAGGUGUUCGAGGAGGAGCACCACAUCCUCUACCUGGACCACGGGGGCGUGAUCGUGGCCAUCAAGGACACCUCCAUCCCCUUGAAGAUCCUCAAGUUCAGCGUGGACGAGGGCCUCACCUGGAGCACACACAACUUCACCAGCACCUCGGUGUUUGUGGACGGGCUGCUGAGUGAGCCGGGGGACGAGACACUGGUCAUGACUGUCUUCGGCCACAUCAGCUUCCGCUCCGACUGGGAGCUGGUCAAGGUGGACUUCCGGCCCUCAUUCUCCAGGCCGUGUGGGGAGGACGACUACAGCUCCUGGGACCUCACCAACCUGCAGGGCGACCGCUGCAUCAUGGGCCAGCAGAGAAGCUUCAGGAAGAGGAAGGCCUCAUCCUGGUGCGUCAAGGGGAGGAGCUUCACGUCGGCGCUCACGGCCCGCGUGUGCCAGUGCCGGGACUCGGACUUCCUCUGCGACUACGGAUUCGAGCGCUCCCCCUCCUCAGAAUCUGACGCCAACAAGUGCUUUGCCAACUUCUGGUUUAACCCUCUGGCCCCGCCUGACGACUGUGUCCUGGGCCAGACCUACACCAGCAGUCUCGGGUACCGGAAGGUGGUGUCCGACGUGUGCGAGGGCGGCGUGGACCCGCGGCGGAGGCCGGCGCAGCUGCAGUGCCCGCUCGCGCCGCCCCGGGGCCUGCGCGUCAGCCUGCGCGGCGAGGCGGUGGCCGUGCGCCCCGGCGAGGACGUGCUGUUCGCGGUGCGGCAGGAGCGGGGCGAUGUCCUGACCACCAAGUACCAGGUGGACCUCGGGGACGGCUUCAAGGCCGUGUACGUGAACCUCACCUUGACAGGGGAGCCCAUCCGGCACCGCUACGAGAGCCCCGGCAUCUACCGUGUGUCCGUCCGGGCGGAGAACACGGCGGGGCACGACGAGGCCGUGCUCUUUGUCCAGGUCAACUCCCCCCUGCAGGCCCUCUACCUCGAAGUGGUUCCUGUCGUUGGCAUCAACCAGGAGGUGAACCUCACGGCCGUGCUGCUGCCUUCGAACCCCAACCUCACCGUCUUCUACUGGUGGAUCGGCAACAGCCUGCAGCCCUUGCUCUCCCUGGACAACUCAGUGGCGACGCGGUUCUCGGCCCCGGGGGACGUGCGCGUGACGGUGCAGGCCGCCUGCGGGAACUCCGUGCUGCAGGACUCCAGGGUGGUCCGCGUGCUGGAUCAAUUUCAGGUGGUGCCUCUGCACUUUUCCAAGGACCUGGACGCACACAACCCCAACACCCCUGAGUGGAGAGAGGACGUCGGCCUGGUGGUCACCCGGCUCCUCUCCAAGGAGACCGGCAUCCCUGAGGAGCUGCUGGUGACCGUGGUAAAGCCGGGGCUGCCCACCUUGGCCGACCUGCACGUGCUCCUGCCCCCUCCCAGGCCCACGAGGAAGAGGAGCCUCACGAGUGACAAGAGACUCACAGCCAUCCGGCAGGUGCUGAGCGCACAGAAGAUCAGCUUCCUCCUGCGGGGCGGGGUCCGCGUCCUGGUGUCCGUGAGGGACACAGACACAGAUUCUCAGAGGCUGGGAGGAGGUGGCGGCUACUGGGCGGUGGCGGUCCUCUUUGUCAUCGGACUCUUUGCGGUGGGAGCCUUCAUCCUCUACAAGUUCAAAAGGAAACGCCCCGGCAGGACGGUGUACGCCCAGAUGCACAAUGAGAAGGAGCAGGAAAUGACGAGCCCCGUGAGCCACAGCCAGGGCGUCCAGAGCGCCAUCCAGGGUGAGGAGUUUAUAGAUGAUGGUCUGGACGCGCAGACUCUAGGGAAUCGCUCUGGCGUGGUCCUGAGCAUCAACUCCCGGGAGAUGCCCAGCUACCUGGUGAGCUGAUGCCAACGGAGGCCCGCGCCCAGAACACUCUCCUGUCCGUCAUUUCCCCCCCGCGGAGGGCAAAGAACCACAAACGCAGCCGGCACGGUGCUGGGAUGGGCAUCCCCCUGGGACCUGCGGAAAAGCCUCCUUCUCCAGCUGUCCCCACGCAAGCGACAGAGGCCCCUCCCUCUGUUCGGCACCAGCCCGCCCAGCCCUCAGGACACGCAGGGGCCUGCCGGCUCCCGCCCUCCCUGAACACCAGGUCCACCGCGCCUCCCACUGCCCCCACUGGACUCUGGGCACGUCUCUGCCCCUGGACCCCACACGGCUAUGCGGCUGCUCCAACCUGCCCCCCAGCUCGAGGCCUGACUUCUCAAGGCCGAGGCUGGUCCCCCCGGAGCCGGGGAGGUGAGCCUGCCCGGGCUGCCAGAGCUCCCAGCGCUGCAGACACGCUCCUUCACUCUGCGCAGGGACACUGGGGGCCUUCCUGACGUGCUUUCUUCUCCACUCCCCCCACCCAGGAAGGUAGCUCCCGCCUGCAUGGCAGUCCCUCUGCGGGGGGUCCACCCCCUCCAGCGUCUGGAAAGCCUGCGACCCAGGCCCUGCCCCUGUCCAGGCACUCCGGCACCACCCUCCGUGCCUCCCACCGUCCCUCCUCUUUCUAAAGUGCAGAUCAUGUAAAUACCUCUCUAGGUAGCCGUUUGCAUUUGGGGAGUUUUGUUCAACUUUCUAUUUUUACGGUCAGGCGUUAGCCAUCUGGGUUGCCUUGUCAGAGCCCCAUUCUUGGGAACCCCUUUUCCAGAAUGUCCAGGCUGCUCCUCUGCCUCUCCUGACACCGUUCCCUCCCUGGGGCCCAGAGGGGCGAAGGCUCCUCCCGGCUUUCCCCCUGGGGGAUCCAUGGUGGCCCAGGGGUCCAGUGCCUGCACUUCCACAGCCAGCCAGCAGGGGGCGCCCUCCCGCAGGCUUUCCCAGCACCGUGGUGGGACCGGCCUCGAGAUGCACCAAGUGCUCUCGCUUCCUUAUAGCUUAAGGGACCCGUGUAGAAACCCAGGAACCAGGAGAGGUUUAGGACGGCCGAGCCAGAAGGGCCAUCCAGGAGUGCGCCCCUCAUUUUCAAGAUGGAGAAACUGAGGCCCAGAGAGAGGGUGACUUUCCCAAGGUCACACAGCAAGACGGUAGCAGAGCUGUCCCCGUGCAGUGCGAUCCACGCAGUCACAGGUGCCCAGAACCAGGGGUGCUAGCCGAAGUCAACACACAUGAAUAUAUGGGGGUGUUUCCCGUUUUGCCUUGAAACCUGAAGUCAGUAUAACCCCCCACUCCCUCUCCUCCUUCCCUUCCUCUUCUCCCUCCUCCUCCUCCCCCCUCCCUUUUCACUCCUUCCCCUCCCCCUCCUCUCAGGCAGGGCUCUCAGGGUCCCAGGGCGUUUCCCUUCGAGGUGAGGAACACAGAGCCCAGGCCAGGACCUGGCUGAGCGGUGAUGAGUCCAGGAUUAAGCCCAGGAGCAUUAGGAAAAGAACCGGGGCCUGUGGGAGGGGGUGGCCCGGGAUGGAUCCUCACACCCAGAACAGCUCCUAGCACACUGGAGGCUCUCAGUGUUUGUGGAACAGAUGAACCCAGCGCCACUGGGGAGUCCCUCGCCCUCGUGUCACAAAUGGGGACUCUGAGACCACAGGGAGGAAGAGGUCACCACGGGUCACGUGGCCAGGCGGUGGAGGCGUCCCUCUCCCCACCCAGCCUGCCCAUCGGCUAGGGCUCCUGGGCCACCCCCUCAGAGGCCAUCCUGCAAGUUGUCCCCAAGACCCUCCUUGGGGAAGGGCUGGACCGGGGACCCAGGACGAGCUGGCGAGGUUGGUGUGGGAAGAGGCUGGGAUUCUCGGGACCUUUGUCCCCCCAGCUUGCUUGUAGUCCCAAAGACACCUUAGGGACCCCUCGUCCUGCCAUCCCCCCACAGGGUCAACACCGUCCAGGUCUAGGGUCGGGUCAGCAUGGAGUCCCUGGACACUGCCCCAGCUCACCAGUACCCGCGGAUGUCCAUCCUUCCCAUCCGCAGCCACUCAACUUCCUCCUCUCCGCUGUUUGGGGAGCGUUUUUUCCCCUUAGUUAUUUGUGUUUUUCUUGUAUUUUAUGUUACUAUUUUUAUUCAGAGUAUGUUGGGUGUGUGGGCCCAAGAACUUGGGAAUAAGGCAGCAUCUGAUAUAACCGUAUGCUUUCCAUCCCCAUAACCGUAUAGAUGGGCACGUAGGUCUGCGGACUGUCUGGUUCUCUGUGUUUGAUGGACAGGUACGUACAGGCGCCUGGCCCGAGAUGCGACCUGCUCUGGGCAGCCAGCGUUUCAUGCAGCCAGACUGUACCCGUACUUGGUAUAUGCACUUAACAAGAUGCGAUCAAUUGUUUAUUUUUCCUUUUUAAAAAUCAAUAAAUCAUUUGUGAUGCUUUUAACAAAGAUUAAAUGAAUAUGAUCAGCUUUUGCCUUAUUAUGAAGCUGUUUUUCAACAUUUACCUAAAUAAACACACACACACAGGCCCCGAGAACUGUGGUCCGGAGGCAGCGUGGCCAGGGCCCCUGGGAGGAGCAGGAGCGGUUCCUCACCCGGGGGAGCACGCGUGACCUCAGCCUUCUCCGUCCCUCGGACCCCGCCACCUGCAAGGCCGUAAGGUCACCCCGUCUGCUCUCCAAGUCCUCACACAGCCUUUGGCCCCGUCCUCCUCUCAAGGCCACAGAAGAGCCCUGAAGCCUCAGCCCAUUUGCCAGGUGAGGAGCAGAGGCCGGAGGGCAAGGGCCUGGAAGUGCGCGGCCCGACACAGCACGGAGCCCGACACCGCCUCUUCGUCUCGAAGUGCCGUCUGGCGUGGUCUUUGAGUGGACAGCAGGAGGCCGCACGCAUGGUCCCGGUCGACUCUUUGGCCUCAGAACAUGCACGUACUCGCUGUGCUGGCCGGCUGUCCUGACCCCCUCCCGACCAGUCUCUGAAAUUCCAGCUGUGCCAUCGUGUCGAGACGGCUCUUGUUUGCUCCCACUCUGCUCCUCCUGGUUACGGCCGGAGACAGAAACGUGCGAGGACAGACUCACAGACACGUGGGCGUUUGCCGAGUGGCUCCCAGCCCGCUUCCGGGGUGAAGUGAGGUUGGGACUGCAUC